GUCCCAGACCCAGGCCGGGCAGCGGGGCUGACAACGCUGGGCGAGCCGUUGGCAAGCGUGAGCCGGGUGGUCCGGGGCGGCAGCGCAGCGGGUGGCGCCGGAUCACCUGUAGGCACAGGGGACCCCUUUCUCCUGGACCUUGGAGCCAUGAACCUUUGGAGGUGACCUAGGAGAGAAGGGAUGCAGGCUUUUGGUCCUCCAUAUGAAGGCCCCCUCCGAGCGCUUGUGGACUCCCACAUUGAGACGUAUGGGGGCCAGCAUCAGGUCUCCGCCCAGAGUACUGCUGGCGGUCUCUAUCCCCGAGGAGGCCCCAUGCUGGAUCCCAGUCGCCUACACCUCCAGGACUAUGUCCCCUUUGUCAAGGGUUCUGGCCAGCCCCGAGCCUUGUCUCCUGUGAGGUUGCGAGAAUCAGAGCCUGAGAAGAAACAUGGAGGCCAUUUUGGGGCAGGUGCACCCCACUCCCCCAAACUCAAGGAAGUCACGAAAGCCCGGGAGCUGGAGCGGAGGCUGUACACAUUCAGCAUGUUUGGGAUGCCCCGCCUACCCCCUGAGGAUCGGCAGCACUGGGAGAUAGGAAAGGGCAUCGACAGCGGCCUGACCAUCGAGAAGUCCUGGAAGGAGCUGGUGCCUGGACACAAGGAGAUGAGCCGGGAGCUUUGCCACCAGCAGGAGGCACUCUGGGAGCUACUGACCACGGAGCUGAUCUACAUACAAAAGCUCAAGAUCAUGACCGAUCUUCUAGCCGCCGGUUUGCUGAACUUGCAGCGAGUAGGACUGCUGACAGAAGUGUCAAUCGAGACCCUGUUCGGAAAUGUCCCCAGCCUAAUCCGAGCCCACCAGAGCUUUUGGAAAGAGGUGCUGGAACCUACCCUGUGGAAGACUCGGGCCUCGGGCCAGCCCCUGGACCCUGUCAGCCUGCAAGAUGGCUUCCUGGCGUUCAGCCAGCGGUUCCAGCCCUAUGUCCAGUACUGCCUGAGAGUGAAGCAGACCAUGGCUUACGCCCGAGAGCAGCAAGACAAUAACCCUCUCUUCCGUACCUUCGUGCAGUGGUGUGAGAAGCACAAGCGCUCGGGGAGGCAGAUGCUGGGUGACUUACUCAUCAAGCCCCACCAGCGCAUCACCAAGUACCCACUGCUGCUGCAGGCUGUGCUCAAGAGGAGCCCUGAGGCACGAACCCGCGAGGCCCUGAAGGCCAUGAUUGCAGCUGUGGAAUCAUUCCUGCGACACAUCAAUAAGCAGGUCCGCCAGGGCGAGGAGCAGGAGAGCUUGGUGGCUGCAGCCCAACGCAUUGGACCCUAUGAGGUGCUGGAGCCGUCCAGCGAGGAGGUAGAGAAGAAACUGAGUCCAUUCUCCAACCUGGACCUGAUGUCCCCGAUGCUGGGUGUUGCUCCUGAGCACACCAGGCAGCUGCUGCUGGAGGGACCCGUGAGAGUGAAGGAGGGGCGAGAAGGGAAGUUGGACGUGUACCUGUUCCUCUUCUCUGACGUGCUCCUGGUGACCAAGCCCCAACGCAAGGCAGACAAAGCCAAGGUUAUCCGCCCCCCCUUCAUGCUGGAGAAGCUUGUGUGCCGGCCACUCCGGGACCCAAACAGCUUCCUGGCGAUCCACCUCACCGACUUCCAGUGCGUCUCCAGUGCCCUCAUUGUGCACUGUCCCAGUGCUUCGGACCGUGCCCGGUGGCUGGAGAAGACCCAGCAGGCCCAGGUCACGCUGCAAAAGCUGAAGGCAGAAGAAUAUGUCCAACAGAAGAGGGAGCUCCUGGCCCUCUACAGGGACAGGGACCAGGAGUCUCUGGGCACCAGGCCCUCCACACCUUCCCCAGAGGGCUCUCAGAGCAGCGUGGAGGGGAGGACUCAUGAGUUCCCUGCUGUCAUUCCCCAUCUGGUGGUGACAGAAGACUCAGAUGAAGACACUCCCUCGGUCCAAGAUGACACCUCAGACUCUGGCUACAGCACGCUGAUUCCUGUCUCUUCCAAGGGGUCUCACUCCCCACUGAGCCGUCUACGCCCAUGGGCCCUUCGGCGGCACCCUUGCCUCACCUUCUCCGCCCUGGACCUCCGGGAUGUUACUUUGCGCCCCCAGCCCUCUGAUCCCCAAGCUCCCCAACGCCGAAGCACCCCUGCACUACCGGGGGAAGCUAUCCGAAGAGGAAGCAGUCUUCCCAGAGGAGAACCACCAACCUGGUUUGAGGAAGAAGAUGGGACGUCAGUGGGAGAGAACGUGGUAGUGGAAACCUUGCAUAGGGCCCGACUUCGGGGACAGCUCCCACACUCCCCUACCCACGCUGACUCUGCUGGGGAGAGCCCCUGGGCAUCCUCGGAGGAUGAGGAGGAGGGGCCCCUCCUCCUAGGACCCUGCCGCACCCCCUCCCCUCGCCCCCUCAGGGCUGAGGACAUGCUCAGAGAGAUCCGGGAGGAGCUGGCCAGCCAAAGGAUUGAGGGCAUCCCAGAACCCAGGGACAGCAGGCCUCGGAAGCUGACUCGGGUCCAACUGCAGAGGAUGCGCGGGCCCCACAUCAUACAGCUGGACACCCCGCUGUCCACAUCGGAGGUGUGAGGAACACUCAGGACCUUGGGCAUUGCUCCCUGAGGAAAUCUCCCCCC